UAAAAAAAAUACAUUUAGUGCUUGCAUGAGCCGAGAAAAAAAGGCUUUUAAUGUCAGUGCCUCCAAAUUUGCCAAAAUAUGUAGUAUUAAUGUGAAUUCUGAUAGUGACUCAAAUGUGGAAGAAUUGAGCUCCGUAGAUAUAUCUUUAAAUGAUUAUGAUAGCCAAGAUACCAUUGAUAGUAAUAGUGACAAUGUGAAUAUUGUAGUGAAAAAUGAUAAAUGCAAAGAAAUAAAAGCUUGGGCUUUACGCAAUAGAGUGUACCACAAUACAGUGACUGAUUUGUUUCAAACCUUGCGAAAAAUAGGUUUAGUGGAUUUGCCCUUAACAGCAAAAAGUCUAUUAGGUACAAGUAGAAAAAAGGUUAAUAUUGAAACCAUUCCAAGUGGAGCGUUUUUAUAUAGAGGAAUUCAAAAUUAUUUUGAGAAAAAUUCAUUUCCUCACCUUGAAAUAAAAGAUAGCAUUGUACUUGAUAUAGGAAUAGAUGGUCUUAGAUUAUUCAAAAAUCUAUAUGCAUACAUUAUUAUUUUUCUCUACAUGUUUCUUUGUUUCUUUUUCAGAUUAUUCACAAAAGUGAUGAAAUGGCGCAGCAAAAAACGGUUCGUGAAUGCAAGGUCCUCAUCCGCAAAAUUCAUCAAUCGGUAUGCCGAAUGACUGGUGAAGAUGUCGACAACGUUCAAACCGAAAUUGCUUCCACCCUACCAUUAAAUACGCUUGCUGCAGCUUUGGAAAUGGACGAAAAAUUGAAAUGCGACGAAUUUGCUGCUACAACGAAACAAUUCGUUUUGAGGAUAAAAGGUACUUCAGAUAGUGUACAUGAUGUGUUGCGAAGUCUGUACACUGAUGAACUUCUUUAUUUAUGUAACUGGGACGGUAGAGGUGGGAAGCAACCUCUCUCCAAAUUCCUGCUGGUUUCCAACAUUUUAUACGAUUCAUUCAUAACGUAUGGAUUGGCAAUGUUCGAAAAACAAGUUCGAAAAGCCAUUGAAAUGAGCCACCAUAGGCACAAACAAAGAAUUUAUAGGAAGAGGAAAACUGAGGAGUGAACCCUUUAAAUAUUUAAUAAAAAGUUAUACAUAUGUAUUUCUGAUAUUAUAAGAUUUUAAGAUAGCAUUGCAAAGCAGGAAUUGAAUUAAUAAUGAAAUAUUUAUUUUAAUUUAAACUUUAAUGUAAUUUUGGUUAAAAAUAAUUUGAAAAAAAAUUAAAAAUUAAAAAAAAUAAAAAAUCUUUUAUUUUGAGAUUCGAACUCGAGUCUCACGGAAUACCAAGCCGUGCGUUUAACCACUAGGCUAGUAUAGCAUGCAGCGUCGCGCUUCCCUGGAACCAGUUUUCCCCGUUUGCCUUAAAUUUAACUAAAGUGUGAGUAGCGAGGAUAUAGUUUUAUUGUAGCAGAAAAUGUGUGCUCAAGAAGGUGAUAAAAA